GUCUUUCUGUCUGAGUGGAAUGAACACAAAGUUGCUCUCUCACGACUCUCCAGUCUAGAGAUGAAGGAUGAUUUCCUCCAUGGGCUAGAGAUGCUGAAAUCUCUGCAAAGCAGACACAUUGUCACACUGGUUGGCUACUGCGAGGACGACAGCACUAUUCUUACUGAGUACCACCCUUUCGGUUCCUUGAACAACCUGGAAGAGACACUAAACCUUUCAAAGUACCAAAAUGUGAACAGCUGGCAGCAGAGGUUGCAGCUGGCUGUGGAGUAUGUGAGCAUCCUUAACUACCUGCACCACAGCCCUGUGGGAACACGGGUCAUGUGUGACUCUAAUGACCUGCCCAAGACAUUGUCCCAGUACCUGCUGACAAGUAACUUUAGCAUUGUGGCAAAUGACUUGGAUGCCUUGCCCCUGGUAAACCGCAACUCUCAGACAUUUGUUAAGUGCGGCCACAGGGAGCUCCAUGGGGAUUUUGUGGCUCCUGAGCAGCUGUGGCCCUAUGGAAAGGACGCACCCUUCCAGGAUGACCUCAUGCCCUCAUAUGACGAGAAGAUAGACAUCUGGAAAAUUCCGGAUGUCUCCAGUUUCCUUUUGGGGCGCGUGGAAGGGAGUGAUAUGGUUCGAUUCCAUUUGUUCGACAUCCAUAAGGCCUGUAAGAGCCAGGCUCCUGCAGAAAGACCCACUGCUCAGGAUGUCCUGGAUGCUUACCAGAACAUUCUCCACUCACUCAGAGAUUCUGUAACAUCUCAGACAAGAGAAAUGCUGUAGAAACAGGCCACUGGGUGACGGAUGGGCUUCACAGCUGAAUGGCUUUACAGCCAUUCUGCUCGGUUGGCUGGGUCCUUGCAUGAAUUUCCCGUUUCCUUGACUUACCUGCACCUUGGAGUAGGUUCUGUCUCUCCCAGCAACCUGGGCGGAAGUUGCCUGGCAAGAAGAGCUUGCUUCACCGUGCUUCCUGGCAAAGGUGCAGAGAAGUGAAUCUACCCAGUGUUUAAAGGAAGUAAUAAAACAGCAGUGAGAAAGAAGCAUCUCCCCUGAUCACCAGUCUAUAGGCUGCUGAGACAUAGAGGAGGAUUGGGAAGGACAGCACAUGAGAAAACAUGCACUAUUUCUCCAAAGAACGAUUUUCUCCUAAUUUAAAAAGUGGUACUGAAGGCUCCGGAUGUACAGCUCAGUGCUUGGGCACUUGCCUGAUUGUGUGCAAAACCCUGGGUUCAGUCCCUAGCAUUCACGCACACACAUGCACACACUCCCACAGACAAA